CAAAAACACGAGAGAGAUCGUAUCGGUCGGUUUCGCGCUUGUUUCGACACCUCUACGCCGCCGUCGACGCGGCCCAGGGAAAAUUCCUGCACGCCAUCGACGCAGCUGCAAGAGAGCAAAGCAACCAUGCCCACAGCCCUCCCCGGCGUCCUCGCGCGGUCUACGAUCGUCCUCUUCGGCGACUCACUCACGCAGCGCGGCUUCGAGCCCGAGGGCUGGGCCGCGGCGCUGGCGCACUACUACGGGCGGCGCGCGGACGUGUAUAAUAGGGGCUACGGCGGCUACAACACGCGCUGGGCGCGAGAGCUGGCCCCCGCGCUCUUCGCGCGGCCGCCCCAGGGCCAGGCCCACCUGCUCGCGACGGUGUGGUUCGGCGCGAACGACGCCUGCAUAAGCACGGAGCGCGCGCACGUGCCGCUGCUCGAGUUCGAGGCGAACCUUGAAACGAUAGUACAACAAGCGCGCCAGGUCGCGCGCGUCGUCGUGGUCAUGACGCCGCCGCCGGUGCACGGGCCCUCGCGGCUGGCCUACCAGAAGCGGAAGUACGGCGCGAGGGCGACGGGCGUCGAGGAGCGGUCCACGGAGGUGGCCGGGCGCUACGGCGACGUGGCGGCGCGCGUCGCGGGCCGGCACGGCUGCGCACUGCUGGAUGUGCACCAGCUCAUGCUGCGGGAGGCGGACUGGCCGCGGUACGUCGGCGCCGGGACGGAGGACGGCGACGGCCUCCACCUGUCGGGCGCGGGCCAGCGCUUCGUCGCGGAGAAGCUGCUGGCGCUGCUGCCGACGCUCGGGCUCGACCGGGACGCGCUGGCCUACGACGCGCCGUGGGGCUUCGAGGUCGACGCGAACGAACCGGCCGCGUCGUUGCGCGCGCACUUCGCGCGCCACCGCGGCGCGCUCCAGGCCAACAGCGGCGUACUGGGGGUGGAUCGGGGGGAGUCGCGGCCGCUGCCCGGGGCC